CUCAAACUGGUGGCGGGAAAGUAGCUCUGGUGUCUUGUCCUGGGACUAUGGACGCGGCAGAAGUGGAAUUUUUGGCUGAGAAGGAGCUGGUGACCAUUAUCCCGAACUUCAGUCUGGACAAGAUCUACCUCAUCGGGGGAGACCUGGGCCCCUUCAACCCCGGGCUCCCGGUGCAGGUGCCUCUUUGGCUGGCCAUCAACCUGAAGCAGAGACAGAAGUGCCGGCUCCUGCCUCCCGACUGGAUGGAUGUGGAAAAGUUGGAGAAGAUUAGGGAUCAUGAGCGGAAGGAGGAAACUUUCACCCCAAUGCCCAGCCCUUAUUACAUGGAACUUACGAAACUCCUGUUAAAUCACGCUUCAGACAACAUCCCGAAGGCAGAUGAGAUCCGGACGCUGGUCAAGGAUAUGUGGGACACUCGCAUAGCCAAACUCCGGGUGUCUGCUGACAGCUUUGUGCGGCAACAGGAGGCUCACGCCAAGCUGGAUAACUUGACCCUGAUGGAGAUCAACACCAGUGGGGCUUUCCUCACACAAGCGCUCAAUCACAUGUACAAACUCCGCACAAACCUGCAGCCUUCCCAGAGCACCCAGUCUCAGGACUUCUAGAAAAAGACCUUUGCUUGAUCUGUCAGUGACCUUGCGGUCCAGGGGCAGGAGGCUUGCCGGCUGGUGUGCGAGUGCUUAGGACAGGAGCAAGGCACUCAGUUCUAAAACCAUCUGUGAACUUUACAUUCCUGUCAUGAAGCAACGAAUGCGUUCCUGCAGUUUCGGAAAGCUACAGAUAUGUGCUGAGCAAUUCUUCGGGACAUUCUUUAAUUCCACAUCUCUUUCUAAAAACCAGUUGUUCUUUUAUGGGGGAAAGAAAAGACCUUAGGCAAAACAAGUGAUUUUCUUUAGCAGAGCCCCAGGUCUUAUAUUGACUGUGGUGCAGACUAGUGUUCCCUACUGUCAGGUGUUCCUUUUAAAAGGUAGAGGGGAGGAGUGCUAAGAGUCCCUUCU